AUGGAGAAUCAAACUAUAGUGUGUUACUUUCUGCUCCUGGAAUUCUCAAAAAAUCAGCAUCUGCAGCUUUUGCAUUUCUUCUUCUUCUGUGUGUUAUAUCUGGCAACUGUAACAACAAAUCUUCUCAUCAUCUUUGCAGUUGCUUUUGACCAUCGACUGCACAGCCCCAUGUACUUCUUUCUCAUGAAUUUGGCUCUGCAAGACCUGGGCAUUGUUUCUGUCAUUGUCCCCAAAUCCAUGAUCAAUUCUCUCAUGAACAACAGAUGUAUCUCUUAUGUUGGCUGUGUUGCUCAAGUCUUCCUCUUUGUUUCUUUUGCAGCUUCUGAUUUCUUCCUUCUCACAGUCAUGGCAUAUGAUCGGUAUGUUGCCAUUUGCCAUCCAUUACAUUAUCACAUAAUGAUGAAUUGGAAAGCCAGCACUGAAAUAAUGCUAUUUGUGUGGGUUUCAGGUUUUCUCUGUGGAAUCUUGCACACAACUGGUACUUUUUCAGUUCUGUUUUGUACUAAUGUGAUCAACCAAUUCUUUUGUGAAAUUCCACAAUUGCUAAAACUAUCCUGCUACGGCUUCAAUCAAUUUGAAAUUGGAAUUCUCAUGGCCAAUAUCUUAGUUGGACUAGGUUGUUUUACUUUUAUUAUUGUAUCUUAUGCCAUGAUUUUCAAAGCAGUGUUAAUAGUCCCUUCUGAACAAGGAAGGCAGAAAGCUUUAUCCACUUGUAUUCCACAUCUUAUUGUAGUGUCUAUGUUGUUAUUAAGUGGAUACUUUGCCUAUAUCAGAACUCCUUCUAACAUUCCUUCUUACUUAGAUUUUGGGUUGACUGUAUUGUAUUCGCUUCUUCCACCUCUGUUCAAUCCAAUCAUCUAUAGUAUGAGAAAUAAGAAUAUCAAAUUUGUCCUUUCUAAACUCUGGAGGUUCUGA